AAGACAAUGAAGAUUUUAUUAUGAUAGAAGAUUUUAUCAUUUCCACUUGAUUUUUGAGCCUGUGACUAAUAAAACCAAACACCAAUCUAUCUUUCUCUCUCUCUCUCCAACAGAAGAUAAAGGAGAAGACAGCACACAAAGAAACUCCAAACCUAUGAUUAUUGUCAGAACUUUUCCCCACAAUUUUCUUUCAAUCCCACUUCUAAAUAAACUCCAACCUUUUCUGCUUUAGAGAAGAUAUCCCUCACCUUUCAACUACAAGCAGUACUUGUUGGUUGCGUGACUUUGUUGGUACGACCAAUCUCUCUGCAACACACACACACAUGCCCUCCUUUUAAACUCAUUCAUUUAUCAACCACCUCUCUGCCUCUUCUCUGAAUAAAAGAAAGUUCUAAAAGUACAAAUUCAAACUCUCUCUCUCUCUUUUUCAUCUGAAAGUUGAGCGAAGAACCUCUUCUCUUCUCUGAUCCCAGUUUAGCAUAUAAACACAUGACUUGCAUACUGACCUGCUCUCAUGGCGUCGUGAUCGCAACCGCCAUGGUUUUCUCAAGCACUGCUCUGUUUCUGGCGAUUUCCCGCCAAUUCUCUGGUAAUCAUCAAACAUCUGAUCAACAGAUCCUCCGACCAUGUCUUUGUUCAGAGGAAAAGAAGAAACAGAGGAAGAAGAAGACGAAGAAGAAGGUGAAGUUUGCAGAGAAUGUGAAAGAGCCUAAAGGAAACGGUGAAGAGUAUCGUAAGAAGAGGGAAAGUCUACGGGAACCAAUGAUUAAACCGGAUAAGACCGGUUCGGUUUGCAGAAACGACAUGCCUCCUAACCGGAUUGCUCUGUACAAUGGGAUUCUUAGGGACAAGAAUCAUCGCGUUCAGUGUUCCUAUUAACUUUUGCUGUUUCUUCUUUGACAUAAAGGGAAAAAAAGAAAUAUAUCUAUCAGGGUAAUUCUUGUAGAUAACCUUUUUCUUAUUAGCUUUUCUGGGUUCUCUUCUCUGUAUGUAAAUGAUUAAUAUCUAAAACAGUGUUUUCUACUUAAGC